AUGUUCUUGAAACGGUUUGUGGCUACCAAUGGGAGAAACCAAUUGAGGUAUUAUUCGCAACUACCUGACAAAGUGUCAACAUUAGCUAAAUUUGAUUUCCCAUUGGCCACAAAUACCAUUCGUUCAAUCAGUGCCAAUCUUGAACAAUACUUAAACAAGACCCAAAAGAAAGUCACUUUAAAUGGACACAUACAUAGAAAACCAAGAAUGCGGCCAACUUUAGGCUUUGGAUUCAUUCGUGAUUCCAAUGGAGAUGUAAUCCAAAUAUUAGCCAAUCCAGAAACAACCAGUGAACAUAUCUUUGAAUUAAUGAACAAACUUAUUGUUGAAGAUUCAGUCAGUGUUACAGGAUUCGUACAAUUAAAGCAUGCAAAGCCAGGGGAUACUACCCAACAAUGGGAAUUGGUAAUUGAAGAUUUCCAAAUCUUGAAUAGAUCCAAUUUGGAUGCCGCAAGGUUGGAAAAAUUGAAACAAUAUGACCCUGCUGGAUUGCCUCCUCAAUUUAGAUAUUUACAACUUAGAACACCAUAUUAUCAAAACGCCUUGAGAACAAGAAGUAAGGUUGCUCAAUUGAUACGUAAUAUCUUUAUAGACAAUCACGAUUUUGUGGAAAUUGAAACGCCACUCCUAUUCAAAUCUACUCCGGAAGGUGCUCGUGAAUUCUUGGUGCCUACAAGAUCUCCUAAGAUGUUUUUUGCAUUGCCUCAAUCACCUCAACAAUACAAGCAAAUCUUAAUGAGUUCUGGUUUUACUAGAUAUUUCCAAAUUGCUAAAUGUUUUAGAGAUGAAAAUUUAAAAGCAGAUAGACAACUUGAAUUCACACAGAUAGAUUUGGAGAUGAGCUAUAUUAAUAAUUCUGACCAGGUCGGAAUUGUGGUUGAAGAUCUUAUUCAUAAUAUCUGGAAUAAAAUUGGGAAAAAACCGACUUAUAGAAUGAAUUCGGAUAAUUAUUUGGAAAAGGUUGAAUUUAGUGGAAGUGCUCCAACUGAAUUACAGUUUGCUAAAUUGGAUUAUAUCACAGCGUUAACUAAAUACGGUAUUGAUAAACCAGAUUUAAGAUCCAACCUAUCACUUGUUGACCUUAGUGAACAUUUCAUGUCCCGUGAAAACUCGGACUUUCCUGUAGUUGAAGCCUGUGUGUUGAAACAAGCAUUUGACCCAAAAACUCUGAAGAAAUAUGCCCUUCCACAAGCAUUCAAAGAUGAAAACAGUUAUUCUAGAAGGAAGCCUUAUAUAUGGACCAUUAAGAAUAAUUUUGAGACUACCACAUGGUUUAAAAAAUUAAUGGAAACUGGAACAUUAACUCCCACUGAAAAUUUCAAUGAACAAAACUUAAACGAGUUAUUGAAUUUACAACCAGGUGAUAUCUUGGCUAUUUCAACUAGGUCCGUAUUUCCCUACGAGAAUCCUACUCCAUUAGGAAAAUUCAGACAAUUAGCAAUUCAAGAAUUCCCUAAUAAAUGGCACCGUCCAAUCAUCUCACAAGACGGGAGCUUAAUCGAAAAUUACAAUUUUGAUGAUGUUGUGGUCGGAUCAUGGGUAGUCAAUUUCCCAUUAUUUAAUCCAGUUGACAUAACAGAACUGCAAGAGGACAAAUAUCCAAAAUAUGACUAUACGAAAUAUGAAUCCACACAUCACCCAUUCACAAUGGCAAAAAUUGAAGACUAUGAUUUGUUAGCUACUGAUCCAUUAAAGGUCAGAGGUGAACAUUAUGACCUAGUCAUUAAUGGAGUUGAAGUUGGAGGCGGGUCUAGAAGAAUUCAUGAUUCUGCGUUACAACAAUACAUAUUUGAAGAAAUUUUGAAGAUUAAAAACUUCCAACAUUUGUUUGGUCAUUUGUUGAAAGCUUUGAGUAUGGGAUGUCCACCACAUGCUGGUUUGGCAUUGGGAUUCGAUAGAUUAUGUGCUAUGUUGAUUGGUUCUUCGAGUAUCAGAGAUGUGAUAGCAUUCCCAAAGAACAUGUCUGGAGGUGAUCCUGUCGUGGAAAGUCCUACAGAUGUCGACCCCAAGACACUACUGGAGUACUACAUAGCAACAAAAGAAUAA